CUCGUCCUAGCCUAGCCGCCAAUCAGAAACGUUCGCGCCCUACGCCCGUGCGCGCGCCUGCAAAUCUUCGAUUAUGCCGCGAUAAACUGUAAAACAAAAUUAACAACAAAAUAAACUACAUAAAACCAUUCCAACUUCCAACCGGGUCAUACAACACGCAAACCGCGACGUGAACACAUCGGGUGUGAAAAAAAAACAAAUAAGUACCUACCUAUUCGUAUGAAUAAAAAAUAAAACGGCAAAAAGUGCAGUCCGGUUGAGUUUUGAGCGAAGCAAAAUAAAAGCAAAUCCUUCUCCGCUGAAUUAUGUAGAGCCAAGGUUAUAAAUCUUAGCUUCCAAAUCAAAUUGAAAAAAUAUAUUAUAGAGUUAGCCGAGUGAUACUAAAUAGUAAUUCGAAGAUAUCGUUUUAUUUUGCCAUGUAGGUAUUGUACCUACGAUUGAAAGUGAUAGUUGUGUGACUUGUGUGCUAGAUAAGUGAAUGUAAGCGAUAUCAUUUUGCAGAGUCAACGGUUUAAUCUUCAGGCUUCUAAGAAAAGUAAGUAGGAAGAUGGAAAUGUGUCAACGGUGGACAGCUAUCAUCUUGGGACUGGUCUGCUUAGUGGGCUGCCAAGACACCACCGCGCCUCCAGCUCCAAUAGUAUAUGAGCCAUCAUGGACAUACAAAUGCGUGCCAGACGAGGGUUGCCACCGCACAGCCCACCCGCAGCCCACGAGCUCCAACUCAUCUGGUCUGGUCUUCACUAGCUUGGACCUGUGCAGAACGGUGUGCGGAAGGUUUGGAGGACUCUGGCCCAGACCCGUGACGGCUGCGCUCAGUAUACAGACUGUUAGGAUACAUCCAAACUUCUUGAGAUUCGACCUCAGCAAUGCACCAGUAGAAACGCGCGAAAUCCUAGUAGAGAUGACACACGUUGCAACACAGAAUCUCAUCGACGAGUGUGACGGAAACGUCUCAGUGAUCGUCGAGACGCCUGUCGUGGUCUACAUCACCGUCAAGACGACGAACCUUAGCCUUACACUGGACACCCAGGAACAGUACAGGCUUGACGUACAGAGCAAAGAAUCCAACGCAGUCAUUCACAUAGUAGCAGAAACAGUCUACGGCGCCCGACAUGCCUUAGAAACGUUCACCCAACUGGUCUCUUCAGACAAAAUUGACGAUGGCGACCAAUAUAGAUGCGGCCUUCGCCUGGUCGCCGGGGCCAAGAUUUGGGACCAACCUGUGUACAAAUAUAGAGGCUUCCUUCUUGACACCUCGAGGAACUUCAUACCGAUGGAUGAUAUCAAGAGGAUGAUAGAUGCUAUGGCAACUGUCAAGAUGAACGUCUUCCAUUGGCAUGUCACCGAUUCCCAUAGUUUCCCGCUGGAGUCCAAACGCGUACCUCAGUUUACAAGAUACGGUGCGUAUUCAGCAUACGAGAUAUACUCAGCAGAGGAAGUUCGGGAGCUGGUGCACUACGCGCGCGUGCGCGGUAUUCGAGUUAUCAUUGAGAUUGACUCGCCGGCUCACGCUGGCAACGGUUGGCAGUGGGGAAAGGAAUACGGCUAUGGUGACCUAGCAGUAUGUGUGAACGCGCGGCAAUGGCGCGGUCUAUGCAUCCAGCCGCCCUGUGGGCAACUCAACCCAGCCAACCCAGACAUGUACAAAGUAUUACGAGAUCUGUACAAAGAUGUAGCCGAAUACUUGCCCAAGCCUGCACUGUUCCAUAUGGGAGGAGAUGAGGUUUUCUUGGGUUGCUGGAACUCUUCCGAAGAAAUCGUAUCGUAUAUGGAAAGCAAAAACUACGAUACAAGCGUGGAUGGCUUCAUAAAACUAUGGUCAGAGUUCCACGAAAAAGCGCUUAAUAUAUGGGACGAAGAACUUGCGGCUCUUGGUCAAGAGCAGCAACCCGUAAUGCUUUGGUCUUCGGAGCUCACGCAAAGUCACAGAAUACAGAAACAUUUGAGCAAAGACAGAUACAUAAUCGAAGUAUGGGAACCAGUGAACAGUCCUUUGUUAAUCCAAUUGAUGCAUCUGGGCUACAAAGUGGUUUCCGUGCCCAAAGACAUCUGGUACCUGGACCACGGCUUCUGGGGGAAGACCAAAUACUCUAACUGGAGGCGGAUGUACGCUCAUACUUUGCCAAGGGACUCUCAUAUGCUGGGAGGAGAGGUUGCGGCCUGGAGUGAAUACGUUGAUUCACAGGGGCUAGAUACCCGCGUAUGGCCGCGCACCGCCGCCGUGGCCGAGCGUCUAUGGGCCGACCCCAACAGUGGCGCCAUCGCUGCAGAGUCACGCUUACAGCGACUCAGAACUAGGCUCGGUUCUAGAGGCAUUCGCGCUGAUGUGCUGUCGCCUCAGUGGUGUGCCCAACACGAUCACCAUUGUGUUUAGUAACCACGGUCUCCAAGUCGACCAAAGUCAAGAAAGGCAUUUUUGAAGACUGAAGCUCGGAUCUAUCGGAACUAACUCCAAUGUAAACAUUUCUAAUUAGACCAGAGAAAAUAAUGUACUUUAGAUUUUAGAAAAAAUCCCGAAAAGCAGGACGAUAUUGUUGCUCUAAUGUCUAAAGUAUAAAGAGAUUUUUUUUUGCUGAAGUUACCUGGACUAUCUCUAAUUACUUAUUUUGUUGUAUUUUAUAACCAAUCAAUAUGAAAAUUACCUACUAUUAAUUUUUAGAACUAUAGGUAUAUAUAAAACGAGAGCACUUGACAAUGUCUCGAUAUUUGAUUAUUAUUUUUGAGUCUUCCGAGAUGUAUUUAACAAUAAUAAGCUAUUAAUUAAUGUAAACUUAGUAACCAAAAUGACAAUAUAGAUUAAGCACCUAACUACUUAAUAUAAAGACAAUGUACUUUUACGUAUAGCUCUGAGAGAGAUCUCAUAAUUUAAGAAAAUUAUUAUUUACUUAAUUAACUUAAUGCUUGCCACGUGACGUAUGAAAUAAUGUUGUUCAUACUAGAGAUCGAAUUAUUGGAUAGGAUUUAAGUCCUAAGUCAUGCUUUCUUUGUAAUAUAACUAAUUUAUAUGCAAGCGCAACAAUCUAAGUAUAAAAAUAAGAUGGCUUACCAAAUAUUUACCUACUAUUAUUGUUUAGUUUAUUUAAUUAAGUAUAAUAUUAUUACUUUCAAUUGAAAAUUAUUUGUUAUAGUGCAUACAUUUUAGGAACGCACUCGCCAUAUUUGCUCUAUGUGUCAAACUCAAUCGUUAUGUCUAAAGCUCGAUUCUGUAAAACCUGUAUCAAUCAUUAUUACAAUCGAAUUUGUUGUCAUUGGCUUUUAUGCUAUUCUUGUUGCAACAAUGCAUUGAGCCAAUAGUGAGCGAGCGUCAACCAAUCAGAGGUGAUUGUGAUCGUGACAUUGUAGCUAUCAUUCUACCGCAAUCGAGCUGCAGUAUUCUUCACAAGACAGUUUGACACAUAGAGCAAAUAUGGCAAGUGCGUUCUCAAAAUGUAUGCAUUAUAUGUAAAGUUGUCAUAAGAGACGAAUGUAAAAAAAACAAUGCUGUUGAAAGUAAUUUAUUGUGAUAAUUGUCAUAAUUAAGGCGAUUACACGCAGUGUUGCAUGUCGUAGCAAAGAUUUCGAAGAUUAUAAAGUCGCACAUAGACUGCGUGAGCAAUGUACUACGUCAUUUGAAAUUGAUGAAAUAAAACGUGACUGCUA